CAGAAAAAACAAGAUACAUAGAGAAAAAUCAUACACAAACUCUCUCUCUCUCUCUCACUGAUGGUUCAACUUCAUCACUGCUGAAAUCUGUUUGCUCUCUCCCAUGGAAACCAUUCUCUCUUCUCAAUCUCUCUUCCCUCUCAUAAACCACAAAUCUUACUCUCCAACAACCUCUUUGUCCCCUUCUCUCCAUUACUCCAGAUCAAAUUCUCUCUGCCUCCCAAAACCCAUUACCUCAAGCCUCAAGAAAGAGCCUUCUCACUCACUACUAAAACCGCCCUUGUUUUCUUAUGCCCAACAAGGAUUAGCAGCUCUUGCUCUCUCUCUAGCGCUCAACUUUUCUCCGGUUCUCUUGCCUAGUACUGGCAGUGCUUUAGCAUCUGAAUUUGAUGUCCUCUAUGAUGGACCACCCAAAGAAUCAUACGUUGUAGAUGAUGCCGGAGUUCUUAGCCGCGUCACGAGGUCGGAUUUGAAGAGAUUGCUUUCUGAUUUGGAGUCGAGAAAGAACUUCCGCAUCAAUUUCAUCACUGUUAGAAAGCUCACUAGCAAAGCUGAUGCUUUUGAGUAUGCUGACCAAGUUUUGGAGCGUUGGUAUCCCACUGUUGAGGAAGGGAAUAACAAGGGCAUUGUUGUGCUGAUCACAAGUCAAAAAGAAGGGGCUGUCACUGGUGGUCCUGCCUUUAUCCAAGCUGUUGGAGAAAACGUCCUUGAAGCAACUGUAUCAGAAAAUCUCCCUGUCUUGGCUACGGAAGAGAAAUACAAUGAAGCCGUUUUCAGCAGUGCGAAGCGGCUCCCCGCCGCCAUUGAUGGGCUUCCAGAUCCCGGGGGUCCUCAGUUUAAGGAAAACAAAAGGGAAUCGAAUUUCAAAAGUAGGGAAGAGACAGAAGAGAAACGUGGACAGUUCUCCCUAGUUGUUGGUGGCUUGUUGGUGAUUGCCUUUGUUGUUCCCAUGGCACAAUACUAUGCUUAUGUCUCCAAGAAGUAAAGUGAAUAUGACAAUUGUUCCCAUGGCACAAUACUAUGCUUAUGUCUCCAAGAAGUAAAGUGAAUAUGACAAUUGUUCCCAUGGCACAAUACUAUGCUUAUGUCUCCAAGAAGUAAAGUGAAUAUGACAAUCAGAUUUGUCUCUGUAGAUUAUUUCCCGUGAAAGAGACCAUGUAUAACAUGAAGUUAUACAGAUGAUCUUGUUUAAAGAUUGAUGAGAAACUUGUAUUCAGAGGAAAAAAGGCAUGGUGUUUGUUAAAUAUACAAGACACGGAAAUGAAAUUCGGUUCUUGACUUA